AUGUCGUUCUUCCAGCCCUUCCACAUCUUUACCCCUUCGCCAAUCCUAGGCUAUGGCUUCGAUCUGGACGAGUUUUGGCGGACCAUUCGUGAGGCGCGACCGGCAGCCAUCAUUCUUGACUCUGGGUCGACGGACCCUGGUCCCUAUCUUCUAGGCACAGGCAAGACUUUAUGCUCCAGGAAAUCUUACAUCAGAGACCUCUCUCCGAUUCUGGAGGCAUGUUCAACCUACGAGAUAAAGCUCCUCAUAAGCUCUGCGGGAGGAGCUGGCACCAAUCAACAGGUUGAUCUGUUGGUCUCCAUCAUCCGCGAACUUUGCGAGCAGAAGUCAUUCAGUUUCCACCUAGUCACCAUCAAAUUCAGAGACGAUCACGAUGCAACAGUAUCUAAAUUACGGGCGGGCGACCUGUCCUCUUGUUCAUUAAGCCCUCCCUUGGAAGAAGCCGACAUAUGCAACGCCGUGACGGUGGUCGGCCAAAUGGGAGCUGAGCCAUUUCUCGAGAUCUUAAAGGACCCUUCCGUGAAUAUCAUUGUGGCAGGACAAUCGUACGACCCUUCACCGUUUACAGUAUUCUGUAUAUAUCAUGGUGUCCGGGAAAGCCCAGCCUGGUAUGUGGGAAAGAUUAUAGAGUGCGGCGGCCUUUGUACCAUCCCUAAAGGCCGGUCGAUCCUGGCCACGAUGUUCCAGGAUAGUUUUAUCCUAACUCUAACCGACCCCAGCCAGAAGUGCACCCCGGUGUCCGUAGCGGCACACACUUUAUACGAGAAGACUCGUCCAGACAGACUGCCUGGACCAGGCGGGGUGCUAUACCUUAACGAGUUUAAACUCGAAGGGGCCACACACGUUAGCUUCCGAACCACCUUUAUCGGAGGCAUUCGAGAUCCUAUUCUCAUCGCAGGCAUCGACGAGUUUCUCGACACCGUGCGAAGCAUCACUAAAGAGGCAUUCUCAGCGCUCGCCACCAAAGCAGAACCCCAGAUAAUCUUUCAUAUCUACGGGAAAAACGCCGUCCCAGAUGAGAUGGAAAUCGAGACCACGCUGGGGCACGAAAUUAGGGUCUUGGGAGAAGUAGUGGCCGAGACUCAGGAGCUGGCCGAUGCAAUCGCCGGCUUCUCUCGCACGGUCCUUCUACACGGCGCCUACAAGGGCCAACUCGCCACGGGUGGUAAUCUGGCGUCUCCAUUGGUGCCACUGGAAUCGCCUAUGGGUCCCGUGUUCAAGUUCUCAGUCUAUCACUUGAUGAACGUACAAGAUCUACUCGCCCUAUUCCCCAUCGAAUACUUGUUCAUUAGAGCGAAGAAGACCGCGGUGAAGAAGGCCCUCCUCGCAGACUCAUCCUUCACGCAGAAGGGCCUUUCUACCAGCCUUGGAGUAUUGCAUAAGGAGAUUCCUCCACCGACUGUCUCGGGGGAACCCGCGACGAGAGCACCUAUAGAUUCUUCUAGAGUUGGUGUGCCGCUGAAAGAUAUGGCGCGUGUGGUUCGGUCCAAGAACUCGGGCCCAUUCGAAAUCACCUUAGACGUUCUCUUUGGGAGUCAAUGUUGGACUUCCAGCACGUUAAAAACUCCGGCAUGCUCACCGCCGAGCUCGUUCAACGGCUCUAUCGCCUCAAGUCGCCCGCAGAUAUCGUGA